CUUGAAGCUGACUGGCCCAUAUUAGCAUUGAACACGUUUUUGGAGGUAGCAGAGACAUACCAGCACAGCAACAGUGCUUCACAGCAAUUGGGGCGAAGGUGCAACUAUCGGAACCAAAUUGACAGGCUGUUGGAAGGUUGAUGAAACAAGACAGCGAUGCUCCACGAGGUGCUGAGUUCAUGCUCAUCUAGAUGUUGCCUGGAACGUAUCAUGUCCGAGAGUGUUUCUGUAGGUUUAUGAAACAAGACAGCAAUGCUCCACGAGGUGUUGAGUUCAUGCUCAUCUAGAUGUUGCCUGGACAGUAUCAUGACUGAGCGUGUUUCUGUAGACAUGCCAAGAAGACAACAGUGCUGCUGCACGAGGGUUGAGGUGCGGGUGCAACCAUCACACGUUGACAACCAAAUUGCCAGAAGGUAUUUUGCCAAUCUGGAUGAUGAGACGAACCACUCGUGCGGAUACUUUGACAUCUAUAGGCGAGACAUGUACACGCACUCGAUCUCACUCAUUGAUGUCAGUUGCACUAACCAAAAUAAGAGAGCGCCAGUUUCGCGCGGAUGAUUAAGCCGCAGCGGAGAACUUGCUCCAUUAUCAAUUCCUUGUGGCUCUCGACUAUAAAUAGAGCGGGGUACAAAGGGUUGAGCACCAACAAAACACAUCUGCUCUUCACUUUCUCUUCCAUCAUUACAAACAGAAAUAGCAGAUCAUCAGUUGAGUUCAUCCAUUAGAAACAUGGCCUGCCAUCAAAGAUCUGCGAGUCUGCCUUCCAUCCCCCACUCCACCGAAUCCAAAGUGGAGGUGGAGCUGCAGGGCCUGCAGACACACAUCUCCAUGCCUUCCGCGACCAUCGACACGAUGUGCGGCGGUCUGAGCAGGCUCGGAGACAUCUACAGCUCCAUAGAAGAGAUCAUGAGCCUGCCCAGCAACCAAAUCGGCCUCUCCCUGCCCCUGCAGAGGAAGACGGUCGAGGAAGAGCUUGACAGAUCACUUGUCCUGGUGGAUCUUUGCAAUGCCAUGCAGGAGAGCCUGGCAGAGCUGAAGAUGAGCAUCCAGGACUUGCGGCUCGCCCUCAAGAGGGGAGAUGGCGUGGCUGUUCAGCUCAAGAUCGAGUCUUUUGUUCGCCUGGCGAAGAAGGCGCAGAAGCCUUUCAAGAAGAUCACAAGCGGCAAGGCUACCGCCGAAGGCUGCGGGGCGGUCAGGCUAUUGGCAGAAGCAAGAGACAUGGCGGUCUCUCUGCUUGAAUCCGCGCCGCGCCUCCUGCUGAAGCAAAUUGGGGUUGCCAAUGGAAGCAGAUGGUCUCUGGUCUCACAGAAGUUCCAGAAGAAGAGGGUUGUCUGCGAGGCGGCGCAGCUGCAAGCGCUGGAGCGCAGUGUAGCGGAUCUCGAGAACGGUGUUGAGUCCCUGUUCAGGAGGUUGAUUCAGAGCAGGGUUUCACUCCUGAACAUCCUUAGCUCCUAGAUGCUUCUCAACCCUCAAGCCUUGUUACUCCACACAUCUUUUGUACAUUAUACCAAACAUACAUAAUCGAAUGAUGAUUACACAGU